CCGAGAUAUAGAUUGGGACCAAUGAGCUCACACAUGUUUACACUGAUUGCAGUGUAUUGUAAACCUGUUGCCAUCCAAGUCACACAAGUUCGAUCGACAUGUAACUUCGAUCGGCCAUUUUGAAUGGUAAUUCUCGCGAUACGUAACGAUAACUUACGGUAUCUGCAGUUUUGAUCUUCUGGCGACACUGCUUUCGUUUGUUUGGACAGGAAAAUGCUUCGUGUCAAGUUACAAAACGUUUUGACCAAUGAUGAAGAACCCAGAAGAGGCCAGUAUAGGCAAUAUUUGUCUGCAGCCCUAGACCAGGCAUACAAAGCUGUUUUGGAUGGGAUGGCAAUUAGGAAAGCUGCCACUACCUUUGCUGUUCCAUUUGCUACACUUCAUGACAGGUUCAGUGGGAAAAUUUCUAUUGAAUGCACGACUACUGGUAGAGAACCCCUAUUGUCCAUAGAAGAAGAGCAGGGACUUGUUUCACAUAUUGAGGCCAUGGCAAAUUUCGGGUACGGCUAUACUAGGGCUGAGGUUACCACCCUUGCCACAGACCUAGCAAUUCAUCUUGGAAAAAAGUCAAAGGAUGAAAACCCUCUAUCACUUCAGUGGUUUUAUGGAUUCCUGAAAAGAUGGCCUGAUCUAUCAUUGAAGAAAGCACGAUCCCUUGAGAAACAGAGAGCGAAAGCUACCUCAGAGGAGACCGUCACUCAUUAUUUUCACAAGCUUGGACACAUCAUGGAGAAAUACAACCUGAAGACAUGCCCUCAUCGAAUUUAUAAUGUUCAUGAAGAGGAACUUGUGGAGAAUCACACCCCGAGAUCAGUAGUUACAUCAAGUCAGAGUACUCCAGCUGCAGUCACAGCAUCAACAUCAAGUAUUACAACUGUUAUCGGUUGCGGGGAAUGCGUGUGGUAGUGCUAUACCACCGUAUUUCGUAUUCAAGGGCAAGAGGAUGCGGGAAGAACUACUUUCAGGAAGUACACCUGGAGCAGCAGGC